AUGUGGGUGGCUCCUGAAGACGCCGGAGUAUCGCGACUGGUUUUGGGUGCCUCUGAUGAUCCAUAUCAUGGAUUUUUAUGGAUCAAGGGAACACCUGGGGCGGGAAAGUCGACGUUGAUGAAAUUCAUCGUCAAACAGGCGAUGAAGAUACAGAACAGAACUGUCAUUUUCUUCUUUUUCCGCGCACGAGGCGCCGCCCUGGAGAAGACUGUUGUUGGAAUGUACCGAUCUUUGUUGCUACAGCUUUUCACAAAAUUGCCGCAGCUCACACAAUUUUUUGCUCUGCCGAGUUUGAUACUUGGAAGAGCAUGGACAACUUUGAGUGGAACGAUGAAUUGCUGA